CACCCCCCGGCUCCGCCACAACACACACACCACCUCCCAGCCUCCUGGCUCCCUCCACUCGGCUCCCAGCAACCUCGCUUUUGCUAAUGGGCCUUAAUGCCCCUGCCAGCUGCUUUGCCAAACCCACAGGAUUGGGCGGGUGCGGGGGCACUUGGGCGGCCAGAACCGCUCCCCGGUCCCAGCCUGGCGCCCCCACCCCCAAAGCUGAACCGAUCGCGCACCAGGACGCCGGGGUCUGUUCAUUCCCCCUCUCCUGGCAAAAGUGCCUCGUCACCGCUUCUGCCCGCCCCCGCUGGGCUGGGAGAACCGUGGGGUUAGCUGGAAGAUUUGGGGAUGAGAGACCGCGAGGCGCCUCCCGAAGCAAAUCUUUCGGACGCGGAACUUAAGGGGAUCUGAGGUCAGGGGUCACGGAGGGGAAGGGAGCCCACGCCUGGAUGGACCUAGGGGAACGUGUCAGCGAGAUUCACGUGCGUGCUCAGUCCAGGACUGGCCAGUGGGCGUGGCAGGGCGGUGGCCACACCGGAGGAGGCGGAGUCGUGAUUGCGUAUAGGCGUGGCCUGCUGGUCAAGGGGCGGGGUCUCUUUGCAUAUCCAGCAGGCGGCGGGGCUGGGGCGGGGAGCCGAAGCGGGAGGGGCGCUCCCCCGCCCCUGGAACGGAAUCCUCCCGGGAGCGGAGCAGGCUAGCGAGCUUGCAUCCCGCACCAUACCCCUGGCCCCGGCCCCGGCCCGCGUCAGACCGAGCUGCCGCCGCCGCCACAGCAGCAGCAGCACUCGGGGAUCCGGGCCCAGCCGGGGCCGCGGGAGGCGGGGGCGCCGGAGCCCUGGAUGUCCCGCAGCGCGGCGGCCAGCGGCGGACCCAGGAGGCCAGAGCAGCAUCUGCCCCCUGCCCCCUGUGGGGCCCUGGGGCCCCCUGAAACCUCCAGGACGGAGCCAGCAGACGGGGCGGGCACCAUGAACAAGCUACGCCAGAGCCUGCGGCGGCGGAAACCAGCCUACGUGCCUGAGGCAUCGCGCCCACACCAGUGGCAGGCGGACGAGGACGCGGUGCGCAAGGGCACGUGCAGCUUCCCGGUCAGGUACCUGGGCCACGUGGAGGUGGAGGAGUCCCGGGGGAUGCACGUGUGUGAGGAUGCUGUGAAGAAGUUGAAGGCGAUGGGCCGGAAGUCUGUGAAGUCUGUCCUGUGGGUGUCAGCCGAUGGGCUCCGGGUGGUAGAUGACAAGACCAAGGACCUGCUGGUAGACCAGACCAUUGAAAAAGUCUCCUUCUGUGCUCCUGACCGCAACCUGGACAAGGCUUUCUCCUAUAUCUGCCGUGAUGGGACCACCCGCCGCUGGAUCUGCCACUGUUUCCUGGCGCUCAAGGACUCCGGCGAGAGGCUGAGCCACGCAGUGGGGUGUGCGUUUGCGGCCUGCCUAGAGCGGAAACAGCGGCGGGAGAAGGAGUGCGGAGUCACGGCUGCCUUUGAUGCCAGCCGCACCAGCUUCGCCCGGGAGGGCUCCUUCCGCCUGUCUGGGGGUGGGCGGCCGGCUGAGAGAGAGGCUGCUGACAAAAAGAAAGAGGCAGCAGCUGCCCCAACUGCGGCUCCUGGCCCUGCCCAGCCUGGGCACGUGUCCCCAACACCGGCCACCACAUCCCCUGGCGAGAAGGGUGAGGCGGGCACCCCAGUGGCUGCAGGCACCACUGCGGCUGCCAUCCCCCGGCGCCAUGCCCCCUUGGAGCAGCUGGUUCGCCAGGGCUCCUUCCGUGGGUUCCCGGCGCUCAGCCAGAAGAACUCACCUUUCAAACGGCAGCUGAGCCUACGGCUGAAUGAGCUGCCAUCCACGCUGCAGCGCCGCACUGACUUCCAGGUGAAGGGCACAGUGCCUGAGAUGGAACCUCCCAAUGCCAGUGACAGCGACAGCAUCAGCGCCCUGUGUACACAGAUCAGCUCAUCUUUUGCCAGUGCUGGAGCGCCAGCACCAGGGCCACCGCCAGCCUCAACAGGGACUUCUGCCUGGGGUGAGCCCUCCGCGCCCCCUGCAGCUGCCUUCCAGCCUGGGCACAAGCGGACCCCUUCGGAGGCCGAGAGGUGGCUGGAGGAGGUGUCCCAGGUGGCAAAGGCGCAGCAGCAGGCAGCCUCGGUGCCUGCCGUGCCCCCCGGCCUGCAGCCCUUCCCCGCCCCCGUGGGGCCCUUCGACGCCGCGCCUGCCCAGGUGGCCGUGUUCCUGCCGCCUCCACACAUGCAGCCCCCUUUUGUGCCCGCCUACCCGGGCUUGGGCUACCCGCCCAUGCCCCGCGUGCCCGUGGUGGGCAUCACACCCUCACAGAUGGUGGCCAACGCCUUCUGCUCAGCCGCCCAGCUCCAGCCCCAGCCUGCCACCCUGAUUGGGAAAGCUGGGGCCUUCCCCCCCCCUGCAGCACCCAGCGCCCCUGGGGGCCAGGCCCGUCCUCGCCCCAAUGGGGCGCCCUGGCCCCCAGAGCCAGCGCCCGCCCCGGCCCCUGAGUUGGACCCCUUUGAGGCCCAGUGGGCAGCGUUAGAAGGCAAACCUGCUGUAGAGAAGCCUUCCAACCCCUUCUCGGGCGACCUGCAGAAGACCUUCGAGAUUGAACUGUAGCCUGAGUCACCCCAUCAUCUCCAGGAGCCCCACACCUGGGAGUGGAGGCCCAACCUCUCCCCAGUCCUGCUCCCUGGGGCUGCACCCUCCUGACGACCUCUCUAACCCUUCUCUCGACCACCUCCCACGACCAGUACAGAACCGACAUUGUGACGCCCAGGUUGCGAUAGGAUGGAAUUCAGGGACGGACCCAGCCUGGCUAAGGGACCCAUUUCUCUGCCAGACUUAGGCUGGCAUGGCCCCCUCUCCCCGGAACCCAGACCCAGGGGGAUGGCCACAAUCCCACCGAGUGCCCUCGGUUCAAGCUGUAUUUCCCAGUUUCUGUUGUUGACCUUCUACCUUCCAGUAUUGGGUGGGAUGGAGGAGGGAUGCCCACCUGGGGGCCCUCCUCGGCCCCAAACGAGUGCCCACCCCAAGUUUGGUCAUUUCCCCCGCCCCCAUACACAGCACAAACAAAGGGCUUCCUUCUGCCCACCUGCUGCGUUCACUGCCAAUGCUGUGCUCACCCCUACCACCCCUCCCCUCCCCUUGGGGGCCCACAUGUUCUUUGGGCCAGGGUCUCAUGGGGGUAGGGGGCCAAGUUGGGGGCCCAGGAGGCAGGUAGGGGGGAAGGGGAAGGGGAAGAAGAUGCUCAGUUACCUCACGUCGGUGCCCGCUGGGGAGGGGUCCGGGAAGAAGGAAGGGGGUGCCUGGCGGGUACUUUUCUAUCUUUUAUUUCCAGAUUUUUUUGUAUCUAAACUUGCAGAUUUGUAUUAUACAAGGACAGCCAAUAAAGGAAGAAUAUAAUGGUG